AAGCCUGAGGUUUGGAAAUCUGGCUCUUUAAGCCUUUCAAUAUUUUCCCUCUUUCUCACACUUUUUGCAAGCGUAAGAAUAAGUCACUCAAAAAGCACCCAUCAACAAAAAAUCCCCAAUUGCCGGCGGCACACGUUAGUGAGAUCGGAGUAUACGAUGGCCGAUCACGCCGGCGAGCACGAAUCAGUCGUUGAAUCCGUCAUGGAAAAGAUCAACGACAAGUUGCACGACCACGAUUCUUCCUCAUCGGAUUCUGAAGAUGACAAGGAGAAAAUAUCGUCGGUCGAUGCCGUCAAGGCAAAGAUCUAUCGUCUCUUUGGCAGGGAAAGGCCCGUCCAUAAGGUUCUCGGCGGUGGAAAACCUGCGGACAUUUUUCUGUGGAGGGACAAGAAAAUUACUGCCGGUGUGCUUGGGUUUGCCACUUCACUUUGGGUGCUUUUUGAGUUGCUUCAGUACCAUUUGCUUACACUUGUGUGCCAUAUACUGAUCCUUGCAUUGGCAGUCCUUUUCCUUUGGUCCAAUGCAUCCACCUUCAUCAACAAGUCUCCACCCCAAAUUCCAGAUGUCAUUCUGCCUGAGGACAUUGUCCUGGGUGUUGCUGCUGCACUCAGGAUUGAAAUAAACAAAGCUCUUGAAAUUUUUCGGGAUAUUGCCUCUGGGAAGGAGUUGAAGAAAUUCCUCGCUGUUAUUGCUGGUUUGUGGGUUCUUUCUAUAUUGGGCAACUGCUGGAACUUCCUCACUUUGUUUUACAUAUGCUUUGUAUUGCUCCAUACCGUCCCUGUACUUUAUGAGAAAUUUGAGGACCAGGUUGAUGCUUUUGCUGAGAAGGCUGAGGCAGAGAUCAAAAAGCAGUAUGCUGUUUUUAACGUCAAGGUUCUAAGCAAAAUUCCAAGAGGUCCACUGAAAGACAAAAAGUUCUUAUAGACAUGAAUAGGUGGCACCACCCUUUAGGUUCCUCUGGUUGUUGUGAUUCAGUUAUGGUAGAAAACCCUUUGUUUACUUGUUUUGCUUGAUUAUUACUAAACAGGCUUGGCGUUUUUGUGGUAGUUUUGAGUU